AUGUUCGCGCGCACACAGUACCCGGAUGUGUUCCUCAGGGAGCAGCUCGCCAUGCAGAUAGACCUGACCGAAGCUCGUAUACAGGUGCGAUUUACCUGCCCAGGUGAGAUAUUCAUGCCUAUCUACCGUAUGCAGGUGCGAUUUACCUGCCCAGGUGAGAUAUUCAUGCCUAUCUACCGUAUGCAGGUGCGAUUUACUUGCCCAGGUGCAAUAUUCAUGCCUAACUACCGUAUGCAGGUUUGGUUUCAAAAUCGACGGGCCAAGUGGCGCAAGCAGGUGCGCCUGAAGGUGGGCCGUAACUUCUGGCGCGUGCGCACGUUUCCGUUCAGCGGCCCGCAGGCGUGGUUCGGGGCUGGGCCGCAGCCACCACCCGUGGCGCCAUCUGCCGCCGCCCCGCAGCUGCUGUACAGCGACGCACUGCGCAUGGCGCAUAGCAUGAAUGCGGCUCUUCAACAGACGACCUCUAGCGGACAGUGCUUUCCUUUCUGCGGUUGCUGCGUGCCCGUUUCGUCUGCCGAUCAUAAAUCAUCAGCGACAGAGGGCGGCACUGCGUCGGCGGCAGCCAUCAUCAGCGUGAGAGACGAUGAGCUGUGCACACCGCGUGGGGGCGCGGACGUAGCGGCGAACCAGGUAGGCGUCGGUGACCUCACGCCGACCGAGGAAGGAGCCGGAGAAGCAGAUGAAAAGUGA